AUGGUACCAGUCUCCACCAUCGGAGAUCUAACAGUUCAAAUCGAUCUGGUCCCCGGGAAGCGCCAGUCGGGUCUGUUGGGGAUGGAAGGCGAGGCCGUGUUCCCUCGCCCUCCUACCACAGAAGGAGUCCUUCGGAGGCACCUGUCCUCCUCUCUCCCAACGCCUCCUAUCUGCCUCCAUCGGGAAUCAGAUAGCACAGGGAGGCUUGCCUGUACCUACAGCCCUGGAGGGGAUUGCAGUUCCUACUUUGAUGGAAACCUGAGUCUCCUCUUGAUCCAGAUGCUGACAGGCAGUGAGCCCUUGACCAUCCUCCCACUGACGACAGAAAUGGAGGAGGCUGCCACAAAGGCCCACUACAAGGUGUGUGACCGGCUCAAGCUAGAGAAGAAGCAGAGACGCAUGUGCCGGAGGGAUCCAGGUGUGGCCGAGACACUUAUGGAAGCCAUUAGCAUGAGUGCCCUCGAAUGCCAGUACCAGUUCCGAUUUGAGCGCUGGAACUGUACUCUCGAGGGUCGAUAUCGGGCCAGCCUGCUGAAGAGAGGCUUCAAGGAGACUGCCUUCCUCUACGCCAUCUCCUCAGCUGGCCUGACCCAUGCCCUGGCUAAAGCGUGCAGCGCCGGGCGCCUGGAGCGCUGCACCUGUGACGAGGCGCCGGACCUGGAGAAUCGGGAGGCCUGGCAGUGGGGAGGCUGUGGGGACAACCUCAAGUAUAGCAACAAGUUUGUCAAAGAGUUCCUGGGGAAGAAAUCCAGCAAGGACCUGCGUGCCCGCGUGGACUUCCACAACAAUCUUGUGGGGAUGAAGGUGAUCAAGGCUGGUGUAGAGACCACCUGCAAAUGCCACGGGGUUUCUGGCUCCUGCACUGUCCGCACCUGCUGGCGCCAGCUCUCACCAUUCCACGAAGUGGGCAAACAGCUGAAGCAGAAAUACGAAGCUUCCCUUAAGGUGGGCAGCACCACCAACGAGGCCACAGGUGAGGCUGGAGACAUCCCACCUCCGAGAAGGGCUCUGGGCUCCUCUGGGACGAGCACUGACCCUCUGCCACGCACCCCAGACCUGGUCCACUUGGAUGACUCCCCCAGCUUCUGCCUGGCGAGCCGGUUCUCUCCGGGCACAGCUGGCCGGAAGUGCUACAAGGACAAGAACUGUGAGAGCAUGUGCUGUGGGCGUGGGCACAACACGCAGAGCCGGGUGGUGACUCGGCCCUGCCAGUGCCAGGUGCGCUGGUGCUGCUACGUUGAGUGUAAACAAUGCACCCAGAGGGAGGAGGUCUAUACCUGCAAAGACUGA